AUGGCUGACUUACCUGCCUGUAGAGUUGAUUAUGCACCAGUGUUCAGUCAUUGUGGAGUUGAUUUUGCCGGACCUUCCAUUACUAAACCCUCAGUUGGACGUUCAAGAAUUGUGUACAAAACAUAUUUAUCUCUCUUUAUCUGCCUGACCACCAAGGCUGUACACCUAGAAAUAGUGAUUGACUUAUCAGCAGAUACCUUCAUCGCCACACUGAAACGUUUUGUUGCCAGGCGAGGCUAUCCAACUAAAAUGAAUAGUGAUAAUGGUACAAAUUUUACUAGUACACAUUAUAAACUACAUGGGGUGUAUAAACUGUUGUGCUCUCAACAAUUGAACUCAGCCCUGAACACUUUCUGUUUGCCCAGAGAGAUAGACUGGCACUUUAUCCCACCAGCCUCACCCCAUUUUGGUGGUAUUUGGGAAGCUAAUAUCAAAUCUUGUAAACGCAUACUCCAACGCAUAACUCUUAAUAGUGUCUUUGUAUGUGAAGAAUUAUACACACUAUUUUGUCAAGUCGAAGAGCAACUUAACUCUCGACCACUUUGCCCCGCCAGUAUGGAAGCCACUGAUUACUCAGCACUGACUCCCGGGCAUUUCUUGUUAGGUAAAGCUCCUAUUUCACUACCUGAAGUCAACAUUCCUGAGCCAACACCUACCGAUCGACUCACCAGGUGGAAUAGAAUACAGAAACUACAGCAGUCCUUUUGGAAACAAUGGUCUCAAGAUUAUCUGGCUACACUACAACAACGUUCUAAAUGGACAACUUCCCAGCCUAACCUUCAAGUCAACUAUCUGUCCUCCUCGAGAAAGAAAAUAUGGCUCCCACUCAGUGGCCCCUAG